AUGAAAGGUGGAGGUGGUGACCUGUAUAAAGGACAACGAAUUGAAGGAGAUGGGAACUGCUUUUACCGAUCUCUGUCCCUCUACAUGUAUGGCAGCCAGGAGAACUACAGAAAUGUCCGUCAGCAAAUCAUCAACUUCAUGUCAGAUCGAGAAGAUCGAUAUCAACGUUUGAUUGAGAGAAAUGUGAAUUAUCAUGAUUAUGCCAGAUAUAUAAGUAAUCAUAGGCGGGAUGGUGUGUGGGCAGAAGACUCUAUAGUUCAAGCUGCCGCUGACUUAUAUGGAGUAGAUAUCUAUUACAUGUACAGAGAUUGCACUGAAGGUGUUUCAGAACCAAGUUAUCAUUCAGACCUGAUUUCAAUUCAGGACCCAGCGGAAAUAGAGAUAUUAGGUGAAUGUGGCAUGGAUGAUUUUGAGAAGUCCGAAGCUGGUAUAACAGGGUCUAGUGGAAGCCAACUCAUUCCUGAAGAGGAUAUGCCUGAAAUAAAAGAAACCUCAACGACGGAGGAGAGUAAUUAUAAAAUAUCUGAAGGGAAGGAGGUGGAAAUUUUACACCUCCAAAUGGAGGAGAAAAACAUUAACAUCCCUCAUAGUAGUACACGACUUUCAGAUGAAGAAUUGUCAGAAAAAAGAGACCUCCCUGUGGAGGAUACUGAAUUGCCAGAAGAAAGAGACCAUAUGACUGAGGAUGCUGUCGAUAACUUCUGUAGGGAUUUUGAAGAUCAACAUAAAAAGAAGAGGAUCAGGAACCAAAUUUAUCUUGAAUUAAAACAGACAGACAGCAGGCAUAUAGAGAAUGAAAGUGAUUUGACCUCAGGCAGACCUUUAGUAGAGAAUUUAAGAAGGCUGGAAGAUUUUCAUAUUGAAUUAGAAGGAGAAGCAUGUAGUGAAAUUCCUGUAAAUGAAGUCUUGCACUCUGAUUCUGAAGAAAGUAUUGAAAAUCGAACAGACAUACAUGUACCAUUGGAGAAAAAGAUACAUGACAGUCAGCAGAUACAGAGUAUAGACCAUUUACGGGAAAUGAUCCGAAAUGAACGUGUGGGCUUUGGAUCUCACCUUCGCGUGAGGAGACGACUAUGGUUUUUUGAAUAUUUUCACCAUUUUUUAACUCUGGAAGUUAAUAACCAAUCCAUUACAUUUCUUCAUUUAGCUAUAACUUCACCACUAAACAUAUUUUGUGAAGAGGCUAUAAUUAAAUUUUCCAAUUUUAACAAUACCUUCUUCGUUUUCAAUCGCGGAGUUGAACUUCUCUAUUGGUAUGCAAUUCCAACAAAUAGAACAAAAUCAGAUGAAAUAAAUCAAAGAAUAGAGGACGUUAUGGCAUUAGGUUACAUUAACUAUAGUCUUACAUCCCCUGAUAAAAUGUACUGUGCUUCUUUAGUUUCGUACAUUUUAACUGGGGAGAAAGAUCACAGAGAAGUGUUUGAAUUCAUCUGCCGUCAUGGAGUCUUUGGCCUCUAUCUCAUUUUAACCGUAAAUUGCUUCUGUUAUUUUACAUCUAAUAUUAGAUAUAUUUAUGAUUCAGCUGCAAAAUUCAAAGCUAAAUUAACAUAUAUGUUUCAACUAUUCCAUUCAAAUAUUUUAGAGAGGUUGUACUCAUUUUGUAGUUGUCUAUGUUGUAUUUGGGAUUAA